AUGGCCCUGGUGGAGGCCAUGAUCACAGCGCGGGUGAAGGACGUGCGGGACGAGCUCGAGUCGCAAGUGAAGGGAUUGAAGGAGCAGGUGGAGGCGGCGAGAGGCAAGGCGAGAGACGCGGCAAGCGAGGUGAGGGCGGUGAUCAAGCGGCAGGAGGCGGAGAUAGCGGACGUGAAGGGGACUUCAGCGCACAUUGAGGCGCAAAUGAACGACGUGGAUCUGGCGGUGGCGGGGUGGAAGAGCACGCGGGAGCAGUGCGACGAGCGCAGCUACGGCAGCUCGGGGGAGCAUGCAGAGGCGGAGGGCCGCGAGGGGAAAAAGAGGAAGAGGGAGGAGGCUGGGAGGGGGGACGAAAUGGCAUGUUCUGGUGAUUCUGCAGACGCUGCUGCUCGCGGAGGUGCAGCACCGGUCAACUCGACUGCUUCGAAUGAAAAGCGGGAUGCAGCGGACAAUACGAAAUGGGAGGAUAAAUGGCAUGAGCUGAAGGGUAGGGUGGACGAGGUAGGGCGCCAAGUGGCGACGCUGGAGAAGACGAGUGACGAGGGGAAGGGGUGUGGGAGGCGAUGCUCGCUCUGUCACCAGCAGCAGCACAGGGCAGAAGCAAAUGAACGACCCUUUGUGGAACAAGUUACCUCGAGUAGCUUUCGCGCCACCAUGCAUCUCCUCGCCGACCGCCGAUGGAGCUAUAUCGUGAGUCGCGCCGUGGAUGGAAGGGUGAUGGCUCAGGUGGACGGCCAGGUUGUCCCUCAGGAUCUGGAAGCCGGUAACAAGAAGCAGCACUGGCGAACCAUUCGCUGCGGCGACGGUUACCACCUCAUCCAGAAUCGCGCGACGAAGAACGUUCUGGACCACUGGGGCGGGGAGAAAAUCGCGGCAGAAAAUCGCAACUGGACGGACCAUCACCACCAGUGGCAGAUCAUCAACGUGGACGACGGAUUCGUGGCCUUCAAGAACCGCGCAUCGGGAAACGUUCUUGACUUCUGGUAUGAAAGUAGCUACAUGGCUACUAAUGACGACCUGCAUCACCACCACCACAACUGGCGGAUUAUCCGCGCGGAUCAGGUGGCGGGUGCUGAACAUUCGGCGACGUCAUCGGAUGAGGAGGAGGAGUCUCCGGGAGUCAAGGUGAAGAAGAUCAAGUGCAACGAGAAUGACCUGCUGUGA